AGCGAAUCCAUACCCAUCAGAGAACGUGGUAGACGCCCGUGUGUGGUAGUGGAUGUGUGUGAUGAGGCCAUCUACGCACUACACUUCACACGCACACCCGACAUGGGCGAUGUCUUGGUGUGCGGCACAAACACGCUUAUCCACGCGCUGAGAUGGGAUGCACUCUUAGACCUGGCACAGCAACACCACAGUCAGGUCCAUGUGAACAAAGCUCCCAAUACAGAGAAAGAUGUAAGCACACACAAAGAGAGAGAGACUCCACCACAUACAGCUGGCCAGACAGCACAUACUGAUACAGGAACGUGCGUAAGGUCGCAUGCGUGUGCAUAUCCAGUGUUGGAGGAGGUGUUAGCAUUCUCUUUGCGCUCACCGAGCCAUUUUAUGUACAUAGGGGGGGUGGAGACCAAUGCACUUGCCAGCAGUGAAGGCGUGCUGUAUGCUGCCUGCGGUGAUAGCUGCGUACAUGCGUGGAGUCUGGAGACCAGGAAUUUCUUGCACAGCUUCGAGGGACAUGACGACUAUGUCCAGUGUAUAUCGGUGCGCCAAAAUGGAGAGAUCAUCAGCGGCGCCGAAGACGGGGUGGUGAAGUUCUGGGACAGCAACUCACAAGAAUGCCUGAAUACUCUGUCACCGGAGACGAUGAGUCUGAAGCAGAAGAAGAGUGGCACGUCUCAGGCACCCUCACAGAAAGCGGGCAGUGGGGCAAGCGCACCGUCAAAAAAAACUAGAGGCCGCAAAGCCAAAACCGCGGCUAAGAGCGAAGAUAAGGUGCAAGAAACACUCACCUUCAUACCUUGCUUAGAAAUUGAUCAAACCGAUAAUUGGCUGGUAUGAG